AUGCAUCGCUUGCGGCGGAUAGGACGGACUGUUAAUAUUCGACGGUUCAGUGUGAAGUCGAAAAGCUCAUUCGAUACAGACGUUGUUAUAAAAGACUAUGAGAGGAGGACGGAAUGGGCAGCGGCGAAUUACAUGAAUGUUGGCAAAACCUUUCGUAUGAUUCUACCGCCUCCUAACGUCACUGGAAAGCUGCACCUUGGUCACGCUUUAACGGCUACUAUUGAAGAUGCACUUUGUAGACAUCACAGAAUAAAAGGAGGCGUUACGCAAUGGAUUCCUGGAUUUGAUCACGCUGGUAUUGCAACGCAGUCUGUAGUUGAGCGAGAACUGUAUAAACAGAAAGGCGUGCGGCCUGAUCAGCUGAGCAGAAAGGAAUUUUUGGACCGCUGCAAUCAGUGGAGUAAAACGAGCUCCUCUGCAAUUCGAAAGCAACUGGACUUACUGGGUGCUACCUUGGACUGGAAAAACUCAUACUACACUCUAGACUCGAAGUUCUCCAGUGCCGUCAUUCAUGCAUUCGUUACUCUGCAUAGGGAUGGUUUGAUCUUUCGUGACAAGAGAUUAGUGAAUUGGUGCUCACACUUGCGGACUUCCAUUUCGGACCAGGAAGUGAAUCGCUCAGAAGUUCACGGAUCCACAAAAAUAAGUAUACCUUCAUCGGAUGGAGGGAAGCGAGUCGUUGAAGUUGGAACUAUGUAUUGCUUGAAGUACCCUAUACUUGGAUCGGAUAAAUUUCUCGAAGUUGCUACAACACGUCCAGAAACGCUGUUCGCUGAUGUAGCUCUAGCUGUAAAUCCAGCAGACGAAAGAUAUUCACGCUUCGUGGGGAAAUAUGUGCGGAAUCCACUCGUUCCUGCUCGCAAGCUUCCCGUUAUAGCCGACAGUAGCGUGCAAAUGGAGAAAGGAACUGGAGUUCUGAAAAUUACUCCAUCUCAUGACCAUCUUGACUGGGAGAUUGCUUCUCGUCAUUGGAAAGAGAUCAUUUCUGUCGAUCCCAGCGCGAGAACAAGAACAUGUAUAGAAUCAAACGGCAAAAUGAAUGCGGAGGCUAACGAAUUUGCCGGUAUGGAUCGCUUUGAUGCUAGAACGAAGGUCACGGAAAAGUUGAACUCUCUCGAUCUCCUUUCUGGAACUCUUGAACACGACGGGCAGAUUACAGUAUGCAGUCGAACAGGUGACAUUGUUGAACCUCGCCUGACAGAGCAAUGGUUCAUGGAUACUGCGGAACUAUAUGUGAAAGCGGCACAAGCUGUAAAAGACGGCAAGAUUUCAGUGACUCCUGCGACACAAGAACAAAAAUUGUUCGAUUGGUUUUCUAAUAAAGAUCCUUGGUGUCUCAGCAGGCAGUUGAUUUGGGGGCACAGGAUUCCUGCAUAUAGAACGAAUAAUUCUUCAUGGUUUGUUGCGGGCUCAAUGAACGAAGCUCGUGAACAUUUUGGAGAAGCUGCUACCAUAACACAAGAUGAAGAUGUUCUGGACACGUGGUUUAGUUCUUCCUUGAUUCCUCUCGUGAAGGCAGGUUGGCCGGGUCCUGAAUUCGAUUCUACUAGCCCUUUUCUGGAUGUUCUAGAGACGGGAUGGGACAUUCUUGGGUUCUGGGUUGCUAGGAUGAUAAUCAUGACGAUGAGAUUGUCUGGUGGACAAGUGCCAUUCUCUAAAGUACUCCUACAUGGUCUUGUUCGAGAUUCAUCGGGAAGGAAAAUGAGUAAAUCCCUUGGAAACGUUAUCGACCCUCUUGAUGUUGUAGAAGGAAUUUCUCGAGAGAAAAUGGUGGAGCGGAUAAAGAAUAGUUCGUUGCCACAGGAAGAAAUUGCAACGGCAACUUCUAUUAUAUCAUCUCGCUAUCCGGAGGGUAUUCCCCGAUCUGGAACAGAUGCUCUUCGUUUCGCUCUUCUUCGGCAUGAUCUGUUAGCGUCUGAUAUUCCGCUUAAUGUUGUCGACUUUGCCAGUGAGGGUCUGCGAUUCUGCAAUAAGCUGUGGAACUUGGCUACUUAUAUGGAAACUGUUGCUGAAAACUCACCUACAUUGAAGGAUGUAGAUUCUGAACAUCCAGCGGAUGAAUGGAUCAUGUCACAUUUGUCUGGAGCACUAGAAAAAAUAGAUAGUCAUAUGUUGGAUUUUGUACCGCACCUAGCGUUCGCUGUACUACAUAAUUUUAUACUUGGAUCAUUAUGCGAUGUAUAUUUGGAAACAACAAAACGGGCUUUAUGGACUUGCGAUUUGCCAAGAAUUGCUCAGAUUCGGACCACUUUGAGUCGUGUUGUGCAACCGACAUUUGUGCAACUAUCUGUUUUUAUGCCUUUUGUAGCGGAACACUUGUACGAAAGAGUAUUCAAGAGAGAGCAUGGGUCAAUUUACUCUGACUUUGUGAAGCCUUCAUUCUUCACGCCUUUCCGUAAUGUAGAUCUUGAGUCCGAUAUGGACAUAGUGCUGGGAUUGGUUAGUGUAGUCAGAUCGCUUAAGAAUCAGCUUCAGUUACCGUCAUCUAUGGUUUUCACAGGUGUGCUACGUUCUGAUGACGUCUCUGAUGAGUUCCAUCGUCUUCUGACGGUACUAUCUGAUCUUGGUCGUCUUGAAUUAUCUGAAAUUUCUCCCCUUGCAAAUGCUCCUCAAGGAUUCAUGACUUGCCCAGUGCCGGGAAGCAACUCUUACUUGUCGUUGAAAGUUGAGGAUUCUCAGCGACCUGAAUUCCUUCAUAGGCUAGAGAGGAUGAUGAAGAAGUCUGAGGAACGGCGGACACAGUUCUUGAGAAAGGCGGAAAAAUACGAAGAAAUUGUCUCCAGAGAUAGGAAGGAAGGAAAAGUAAAAAUUCAUGUGAUCGAAAAGAACGAACGAAAGGCUCAACAUGCGCGCGGAGUUGCUACUAGCGCAGCGGGAGAAGCGAAACGCCUUCGAAAUCUACUCAGAGAAAUGGCUUCAUGA